AUGUCUCAACCGCCGUCCAGUGCCGAGUCACCGCUGGAGAAAAGAUCGGUCGUCUCGUCCUUCCUGUUCUCCAGCAGCGCGGGAUUCCCAAAAGUCGCGUUAUUCAAGCGCAGCGAAAAAGUCAGAACUUAUAAGCAUCGUCUCGCUCCUGUCUCUGGCAGCAUUGACAAAGGGGAAACACCGAUCGCGGCAGCGUGGCGUGAGAUCAAAGAAGAGACCACCCUGACACCUCAAGAUCUUGAGCUGUGGCGCCAAGGGACACCAUAUACCUUUGGCGAUCCUUCAGUCGGCCGGGAAUGGAUUAUCUACCCAUUCGCCUUCCGGCUCAAGGAUGCAAGCAAAGGAGGACGUGGUGAAUCCGCCAUCCAUAUUGAUUGGGAACACGAAAAGUGGGAAUGGUACGAUCCUCACGAGCUUGUUGAUGAUGAGAGCUUUGGAGGCGUACCCCGACUCGCCGAAAGUCUACGCAGAGUAUACUUUGAGAUGUGGUUGAAUGAAGGAGCUAGCGGCGCCCUGCAAUCUGGGCUCCAGCAGUUGAAGAGCGACCACUCGAGUGGCUCGAAUGAACUCACAACUAUUGGGAUCAAAGCUUUUCGCGACGUCCUUGCUCAUCUGGAGGUCCAGGAGAAUUGGUGGGAGACUAUCUGCGUCGCUGCCUGGCAUCUCUGGAAGAAUGGCCGUGAAAGUAUGGGCUCCGCAACAUUGAACGCGUUGCUCGGAAUUCUCGAGGAUAUCGAUGCCAUCAGGAAUCAAGGUCAACCUGAUGAUUGGAACAAUAUCCUUGGUGUUGUGGAUCAUCAUCUCCAGAGCCGCCGGAAAACCACUACACAGAUCAUCGAAUCCUUAACUGCCUACCUCAAUUCUACCAUCUUCACCGACCAGCCGCCGAAACAAGCCAGGAAGUUCACCGUACUGACUGUCUCGUCCAGCUCAACUGUAAGAGACGGCAUUGAGGAGAUAUUCAAGUCAUCACCUGAAUCAUCUCAUCUCGACCUGCGAAUUCUCGAAUCAAGACCGUUGUUUGAAGGAGUGAGCAUGGCUUCGGCGUUGGUGACCGCACUCGAGUCCUUUUCAAGAAACGACAGAUCGAAGCGGCUGUCCGUGACUGUGUACACCGACGCUGCUGCAGCCAUCGCAGGACAGAACAUUGAUUGUGUUCUUUUGGGCGCAGACCGUAUCUCAAGUACCGGCUCGGUCAGCAACAAGACGGGUUCCCUGCCAGCCGUGCUUUGUGCCAAGCACGUUAGCCCUCAGGCCAAGAUUGUCGUGUUGAGCUCCUUGGAGAAAGUGGCGGCGUCUGAUCAGGACUCCGAGUCACAGGAAGAGGAGAAUGAUCCGGCCGAGGUGACCAGUGGCUGGGCCACGAGCGGUGUGCAGGGCUGGCAGGCUCUUGAUGAACGCUCGAAACCAGAGACGACAUGGUGUUCUGUUCGAGUGAGGAACACGUACUUUGAGUGGGUUCCGUCGGACUUGAUCGAUACUUUCAUUACCGAUCAGGGGCCACUGGGAACAUCUGAAAUACGUCGAACGGCCACCGAGGUACAGAAAAAGACAGAAAGAUUCUUUGGGUCUCCUGAGUCCUGA